CUUAUCAUCAUAGAACUUUUACGGACCUCCUUAUCCUAUCCGCCAUCUUAGCUCCAUUUAUAAUAAAGGAAAGAGCAUACCAGGGCGACAUUUAUCGACGACAUUUUUCAAAAUUCACCUGACAGAGUAAACAAAACAAAAUGGUUGGAUAUACAGGAAUGCAUAUUAUUAUCUAUCACUACUUGUGAUUGAGCAUAGUCACAGAAGGUCAACCAUUAAAUGAAACAUACAAUGAAGAUCUGUUUUGGGUGUAAAACAACUGAGAAUGAGGUUGGAAUUACCGGACGGGAAACCUGGAACGUCGUGAUCAUUUCCCUGAGUUUUUUCGCUGUGUUUACUGCCUACACUGCUCUACAGAAUCUCCAGAGUAGUUUGAACCAAGACGACGGGCUAGGAAUAACAUCGCUGUCGUGUCUCUAUGCAUUUGUCAUCGUAUCCGCCAUCUUAGCUCCCUGGAUCAUAAAGACGCUUGGAAUUAAGAUUUCUUUGCUUAUUUCCUGGGUAUCACAUAUUCUGUACACGUGCAGCAAUUUCUAUCCAACCUUUGCAACCUUGAUACCGACAUCCAUUCUACUGGGACUAAUAUCCGGGCUACUGUGGACAUCACAGGGAGUCUUUAUUUCGACAAAUGCAUACUCUAUCAGUGAAAACAACAAGGCGGAAAUCCACGCCACUCUCAGUCGUUUGAAUGGAAUUUUCUUCACCUUCUUCGAACUUACACAGAUAACGGGAAACUUGAUUUCAUCCUUUGUUUUAAACAAGGAUACUGCAUUCAAUACGACGAUGUCUUCUGCUUCAGCGUGCGGCUGUAAUGACUGCCCUGUUGAUGUGCAUAGUAACUCAACAAGCAAAAUCACGGAGCCUGCGAAUUCGGCAAGGUAUCUUCUUAUGUCGAUUUUCCUAGCUUUUGAUGUUCUUGGAUUUUUGUGUACUGUAAUAUUUUUGCCUGCAAUUCAAAAAACACAAUGGGCAGAAAAAGCAAAUGGUAAGGAAUCCGUAACAGCCUGCUGCUCUGUCCUACGCACAGAUCCUAAGCUUGUCUUUCUUCUGCCCCUGUUUUCCAUUGUUGCAAUGCAAAAAGCCGUUGUAUGGACAGAUUUUACAAAGUCAUACGCCAGUUGCACAUUUGGGAUACAUAUGGUAGGCUUCGUGAUGGCCAGUUAUGGAUGUGCCACCACCGCCAGUGCCAUUGUGACGUCACGGAUAGCCAAAUACACGGGACGUUACGUGCUUUUCGCCACUGCUGUUGCCAUUGAUUUGACCAUAUUUAUUGUUUUAUAUUUCUGGGCUCCGACAGCAGACCAAGAGGUUCACUUGUUUUCCAUGGCUGUCGUGUGGGGUUUGGGCGAAGGAAUUUGGGCAACACAAUUCAAUGCAUUGAUAGCGCUACUGUUCCCAGAGAGGACGGAAGCAGCCUUUGCCAACUACCACUGCACGAAGGCUGCUAGUUUUACUGUGUACUUCGUUAUCAGUUUAUACGUAUGCGUCAAAGUCAAGUUGUUGCUUGUCAUCGUUCUUCUGGUCGUUGGUUCGGCGAUGUACGCUGGUGUGGAGGUCCACGUGUACAGGAACAGACAUGUUGUGGAAAAGGAAAUACAAGUAGUCAACGUUGAGAAUAAUCCAGAAAAUAAAACAACCAAGCUAUGACGUCUCUGGUUUAACGAACGGAUACGUUUUUUCUGUAUUGAUAGAUAACGAAUUAUUGAUAAAAAGAAAAUCAGUGUAAAAAGUUGCACACACUUCAAGA